AUGGGUAAACUCAACGAGAUCGACAACAUCGUAGUCACAACUGAUGGAGAGGUUAAGAAAGAGAAUGAAGAGCAGUUGGCUGAUUUGGCCUGUCAAAUCGAAAAGGUGCGACGACAGUACAACGAAGUCGUUCAGCUGUGCGAGAAGAACGCUCUCUACAACGGCCAGUGCUGCCGCAACCAGCAACACAAGGAAGCCCUGGCGCGCGCUGAACACGAAAAACGCGAGUCUCUGCAAAAACUGCAAGCAUUGCAGCAAGAGGUCAAGAAGCUGGUCCUUACCAUAGGCGAUUAUGAACUGAAAAUCAAGGGCGUGAAUCGGAAACUGUACCGCGAUGCUGCGCUAACACCGUUUUUGGGCCGGGCCAUGGAGUUCAUGAGCAACCUCAUGUCAGGAGUGACGACGCUGUCCAUCACCACGCUGCGUCUGGUGCUGCUAGCAGCCUUCAGCCAACACUUGCCCUACCGCUACCCAGCCGGUCUGCCCACACUGCCUGCAUACGACUUCGUUGUGGUGGGUGCAGGAGCAGCAGGAAGCGUGGUGGCAGCGCGGCUGGCGGAGGCAGGGGCGAUGGUGCUGCUGCUGGAGGCGGGACCGGCAGCGCCCCCCGAGUCCGCGGUGCCGGGACUCAACCCGCUCCUCAUCGGCGGUGACCGCGACUGGCGGCUAAGAACGGUGCCGCAGCGCCACUCCCAGCACGCUUACGUCGGCAAUUCAGUGCCGAUGCCGCUGGGCAGGGGCGUGGGUGGAGGCACGACCAUCAACGGGCUGCAGUACGUCAGGGGAAGCCCUCAGGACUUCGACUACUGGGCUUCCCUGGGCAACGAAGGCUGGGAUUUCCAGUCUGUCCUGCCCUACUUCAGGAAAUCCGAGGACUUCAGAGGGAAAAUCACCCCGGAAACUGCUGCGUACCGCAGCAGAGGCGGACGGUACAGCGUGGAGCACAAGCUCUUCCGCACGCCCGUGCUGGGCGCCUUCUUGGCAGCGGGCAGGGAACUUGGCUACCGAGUCAUCGAUCCCAACGCCGGCUCCCAGAUAGGCUUCUCAGCGACGCAGGUGACGGUGCGUAAGGCGCUCAGGAGCUCCACGUCGGAGAGCUUCUUGCGACCCCUCGCGCGCCUCCGCAACCUCCACGUACGGCCAAUGGCGACCGUCACGAAGAUCACCGUGGUCGCUGAGCUGGAGGGAGUAGGGCGCAACCUGAACGACCACCACGUGGUUAACUCGCUGGUGUGGACGGUGCGCCGGGGCGCCGCCCUGCCACCCAACCUCUUCUUCGACCCUCAGAGCUACGCGAACUACGCGCGACACCAUCGAGGUUUUCUUGCGGCUCCUUUCGGCAUCGAAGGCAACGCGUGGGUGAACUUGGGUGAAGACCACAACGCAGGCUGGCCUAACGUUCAGGUCUACGCCUCGUCCGUGGCCCCCAACUACGAUGGAGGGGCUUUGUCCGCAACUUUUUCUGGACUGAGGAAAUCGUACUUCCAGAACUUGUACGGCGUCUUGCAGCACCAAGAGACCAUCCACUUCGCGCCCAUGCUGAGCAGACCAAAGAGUCGGGGGCGCGUGCUGCUCAGGUCACGUAACCCAUAUGAUCAUCCUAUCAUCGACCCUAACUUCCUUCAGCAUCCUGAUGAUCUUAAAGAUAUCAUUGCUGGGAUUAAGUUUGCUAUUGGAAUCGGCAACACGACAGCUGUCAGGGAAGGCCUAGGUGCCAGACUCUAUUUAAAACCGCUGUUGGGCUGCGAGAACUGGGUGCUGUUCACGGACGCCUACUGGGAGUGCUACGUGCGCCAUCUGCUCACCAGCUUUUGGCAUCCCGUGGGCACAUGCAAGAUGGCGCCGGCCACCGACCCCCUCGGGGUGGUCACGCAUCGGCUCAGGUUGCGUGGUGUAUCUGGAGUGCGUGUGGUGGACGCGUCUGUCAUGCCACAAAUUACCACCGGCAACACGAUGGCCACAACCGUCAUGAUCGGCGAGAGGGGCGCUGACUUCAUCAAAGAAGACUGGGGCUACCCUCACGACGCCUAA